AUGAAAAUGAUUACGGUUACCUCGGAGAACUCAUGCAAAAGAAGAGGAGAAUUUAGAAGUGAAAUUAUGGGAACCACUUCGAGUAAGACCCUGGAGGUGGCAGCUCUCGGAAGACCCUUCCAGCUGGGGAUGCUGUAUGAUUGUCGUGAUGAUCGUCUCAUUCCAGGAAUUACAUUGUUGGAUCAUGAAGAUCUUCAAAAAGACUCAGAUGAAAGAAUUCAGCACAACACGGAAUUUGAUGUCAUUGCAUCUGAUUCUGUAGAGGAUAAGGCAUGGGCUCUGGAUGUUGAUGCUUCACUAAAAGCGAGUUUUUUAGGGGGACUGGUUGAGGUACAGGGAUCUGCCAACUAUCUAAAGGACACAAAAGCUUCAAAAAAACACACACGUGUCACCCUGAAGUAUAAAACAACAACAAAGUUCAUGCAGUUGUCUAUGAAACACCUUGGACGAGGAAAUAUUAAAAACUCAUAUGUGUUUGACUGGGGAAUAGCAACACACAUGGUAACAGCAGUGCUGUACGGCGCUCAAGCAUUUUUUGUUUUUGAUCGAGAAGUGUCAGAAACCGAGGACCAGCAAAAGAUUGAAGGGAACCUUAAAAUGAUGAUAAGGAAAAUAGGACACUUGUCACUUGAGGGAGAGAGUUCCUUAAAGUUGACAGACACUGACAAAGCAACUAUUCAAAAGUUGUCUUGUAAAUUCUAUGGGGACUUUGCCCUAAAACAGAAUCCUGUUUCCUUCCAAGAUGCUGUAGACGCAUACAAAACUCUUCCAGGUCUGCUGGGUGAAAAGGGGGAAAACGCUGUGCCAGUCAGGGUGUGGUUACUCCCCCUGGAAAUCUUAGAUUCUUCUGCUGCCAGAAGAGUGCGACCUAUCAGUCUGAGAUUUGUAAAUCAAACACAGAGUGUGAUAGAUGACUUCAAUGACAUAGAAAUGCAGUGCAAUGAUAUUAUGAAGAGAAAAGUUAUUAGAUAUUUUCCUGAGAUUGGCAACAAGGUGAAAUCCUUCAAGGACAUGUGCUUGGAGUACAAAUCAGUGUUUCAGAUUUCUUUGGGGAAUAAUUUACCAUUAAUUCGUGGAGGUAUAAAAGAGGAAAGUGUGCUUGCAAAUACCCUAUCAAAGAAAGAACAGUCUCCUUUCAAUAGAAAUAAACUUAGUGAAUGGCUAAACUGCAAAGAGGUAGAAAUCAGCAUACUACAAACAUAUAUUGAUAUGAUGGAAGACACAAAAAUUGUGGCAUCAAAGAGUGAGCUAGAAAGUGAAAUCUUCAAAAACAGAGAUAAGCAUGUAGUGUGUUUUGCAUUUACAUCACUGCAUGAAGAGGAGGAACCAUAUCUGUCCUGCUUGUCCAGCCACCUAAAGCCUCUUUCAACUUCAAUGCUAACAGAAACAACAGUGUCAGAAAAAAUGAAGGAACAAGCAAUCCUCUUCACGGAUUUUGCAAAAGCAAACAAGGAGAACAAGAAAACACACUUUAUAGCAGCAUCCAUACCUAACGACAAGUACAAAGGGGCAAGUAUUUACCUUUACACAGCAGGAGUCCAAAAAAAUGAUCACUUUGAACCUCCUUCGAGACCCGUAAAACCAACAGCAACUGACAUCACUCACGAUAGUGUGACAAUUAAGUUGAAUCAUCCCCAGUAUGGAUCCAGGGAAAUCACACACUACCUGAUUGAGUUCUGUGAUCAUGAAUCAGAUAGCUGGCAAUUUGUUAAAGUGCCCAAAUCUAACCUAGAAUGUACUGUGUCUGGACUGCUUCCCCACACAGACUACAAGUUCAGAUACAAGGCAGUGUGUCCAGCAGGUGUCAGUCUAACCAGUGAAGCUGACGCCAUUAAAACUUUGCCCACAAGUCCUCCUGGGAAGCCAGAACAAACAGAUGUAGACUUAGAGGAGAUUGAAGUUUCUUGGACAAAACCCAAUUCAAUUGGCCAUGGUGUCAACAUUGAACACUAUGUUGUUGAAUACAGAACUGAAACAAAUGAAAAUAAGACAGACUGGGAAAAAAAGACUAGUAAAGGUAAGGUCUAUAAAAUGACUGGGUUACAGCCAGAUACAGCAUAUUAUAUUAGAGUUACAUGCAAUUGUGGUGAAUCUGGUCAAAGCAAAGAAAGUCUGACAGUCUCAAUUUCAACAUUGUCAGGAACCACAACACUAGCUGAAAAGAUAAAACAAAAGAGUGAAUGUCUUAGCCAAGGGGUCCCCUCUGUGUACAAGGUCCCCCUGCAGGAAAUACCCACAAACUUAGAUGGAUGCAAAAGAUAUGAUUUUGGCAAAAAGAACAUCAGGGAGCAUCGAACCAUUAUGGUCAUUGGGGCAACUGGAGCAGGAAAAUCAACCAUAAUAAAUGGAAUGAUCAACUACAUUUUGGGUGUUAAGUGGGAAGACGAUUUCCGAUUCAAAUUAAUUGAUGAGGGUGUUUCGAAAUCACAAGCAGAGAGCCAAACCUCCCUUAUCACUGCCUAUGAAAUUAAUUAUCAAGAUGGAUAUACAACAAGCUACUCCAUCACUAUCAUCGACACCCCCGGUUUUGGUGACACAAGGGGAAUAGAGAGAGACAGAGCAAUCACUGAACAGAUCCGGAGAUUUUUCACCUCCGACAGAGGAAUCAGUGAUAUAGAUGCCGUCUGCUUCGUAACUCAGGCCUCACUGGCACGACUAACACACGCACAGAAAUAUGUGUUUGACUCCAUCCUUUCCAUUUUUGGUAAAGACAUAGCAGAUAAUAUCCAGAUGCUUGUGACAUUUGCAGAUGGACAGAAGCCCCCAGUCCUAGAGGCCAUAAACAUGUCUGGUGUUCCAUGCCCUAAAACAGAAAAAGGGAUUCCUGUUCACUUCAAAUUCAACAAUUCAGCACUGUUUGCAGACAAUUCUACUUCUGUCAAUAUGAAAAACAGCACUGAAAAUGAUGAUAGUGGUAAUGGAAAUUUUGAUAAGAUGUUCUGGAGUAUGGGUAUGAAGAGCAUGAAGAACUUUUUUUAUUCAUUAAUAUGUAUGAAAACCAAGAGCUUGAGGCUAACUAGGGAAGUCCUCAAAGAACGCAAAGAGCUGGAAACUGCAGUCACUGGUCUGCAACCACAGAUCCGAGCUGGUUUGGCCAAAUUGGAUGAAAUCAAAAGGACCCAACAAAUAAUUCAGGAGCAUGAAGCAGAAAUCAAUACAAAUAAAAACUUUGAAUUUGAAGUCGAGGUGACAAAGCCAGUUGAGGUUAGUAUAAAAGGAUCUGGACAGUAUAUAACCAACUGUCAGCAGUGUUUUGUCACCUGCCACUAUCCUUGUACUAUUUCAGAUGAUAAAGAUAAGGCACGUUGUUGUGCCAUGAACUCCAAAGGAAACUGCAAAGUGUGUGCUGGCAAAUGUUCCUGGAAUGUGCAUUUUAACCAGAAGUACAAAUGGGAUUAUAAAAAGGUGAAAGAGAAGAGAACAUCUGAAGAGCUUAAAGCAAAUUAUGAGAAAGCAUCUGGUGCCAAACUGACAGCUCAGGAAAUAAUUAAAAAACAAGAGGAGGAAAUUCAAUGUCUUCAAGGUAUUGUACUGAAUCUAAUUGAAACAUCACAAAAGUCUUUAGCACGACUAAAUGAAAUCGCGUUAAAGCCCAACCCACUUUCCACACCAGAAUACAUUGAUCUGCUGAUUGAGAGUGAAAAGGCAGAAGCUAAACCUGGAUUCCUGCAGCGAAUUCAGUCACUUGAAGCUAUGAAGGAGCAAGCAGUGAUUAUAUCAAAGGUCAGCAAGAAAGAAGAACUUUUACCACCGGAGGCAAGCAAAUAUAAGGAAACGCAAGAAGGGCAAAAACAAAAAAAAUGGAAAUUAAACUUAUUUACAUAAUAGGGCAAUAAUGAAGGAAUUUUUUAAAGAACAAAUCUUUUACCAAGGCAGAGAACAAUAAUUUCAUUAAUCACAAGAAUGUGAAAAAAUAAUUUAGCUUGAUUUCAUGUUUACAUUUAAUAAAGAAGAAAGAAUUUGGGUGGGUUUUCUGUUGUUCUGUUAAUGAUUUUUUUAUUCAUGUGUGUUAGUGCUUCCCUAAAACAAAACCUAAGUCUGCAAGUUCAGCCAGAAGUUAAUCUUUUUACUUCAGAAGGAUUUUGUUGUACAUAACUGUAUAUAACAGCAACGUUCAAUAA